CUAUUUAUUACCGCGCAAUCCAAAGGCCUGCUCAACUGCGAUCCGCUUGUCCUUUUGUCCAGUUCGGACAGCCUUUCUCCGGACCUGAAUUUGGCAUGGUCAAAACAUUUCAAGUAUACCUCGGAGCUCACGGACACAACUCAAGUCGAAGCGCAAGUAGUAACAGUAGUUGCAGUAACAGCAGUGAGGAUGACCGCACGUACAGCUGCGUCCACUGUCGCGCCCACCUGGCCAGACACCAGGAUCUUAUUUCCAAGUCUUUUCAAGGUAGCCAAGGCCGUGCUUACUUGUUCGAAAUGGUAGUCAACGUAUCCUGUGGGAAACCUGAAGAGCGGCUACUCCUAACAGGUUUGCACUCCGUCGCCGAUAUCUACUGUGACUGUUGCCAUACAGUACUCGGCUGGAAAUACGAACAAGCGUAUGAGACAAGCCAAAAGUACAAGGAAGGCAAAUACAUAAUCGAGCUUGCUCAUCUCAUUAAGGACAACGGAUGGGACUUAAGCUGGGUGGAGCUGGACCAACGGCGACCGUACUGA